AUGUCAACCGAAAAACCUCAAGAAACUAUUGUAAAUAUUGAAGACAAAGGUGAAAAAGUAAAAGAGCUAUAUUUGGCUAUUAGUCCACAUGGAGAUUUUGUAGUAGAAUUUGUAUUAUCGUCAAGUGAAUCGAUAUUAUGGGAUUUGCAAUUACGCAUGUAUAAUGUUGAUAACGUUGAGGAUUUGGAGAAAUAUGACUACUUGGAUAAGAAAAAAGCCCACUUGGAUCAGAAAAAUGGGCUAUCGUACAGAAAACUUUCUGAAAUUGCUGCAUCUAAAAAUACAUUUGUAAAAGAACAAACUGAUUUGAUUAAAUCUUUGAUUAAAUCUAGAAACAAACUGAGUUUGUCUAUUGCUGUGUCAGAUAGACUCAAGUCAUAUAAAUCAACUGUUAGAUUAUUAGCGAUAUCUUGUAUAAGCGAAUAUGAUAUGACAUAUUACCCCCCUAGCUCUUUCUCUAAUCCUACUCCUAAACCUGGGUUUACUAUCGUUUACUUGAUUAAUGAAGAUUACUCAAUUGGAAAAGAAAUAUUAAGGCUAGAUAAAUGCGGUGGAAUAGUCAAAUUGUUUUCGAAAAAUGAAGAUAACAAAAAGACGGAUAAGGAUAAUUUUCAAACUAUAGAUAAAUACUUUCUUGUUAUUUUAAAUGUCUCUGGGAUUCAUAAUCAUCACUUUGAACACUUAAAUAAACCGACUAGCAAAAUUCAAAGUUUAAAGUAUCAUUUCGAACACUUAUAUAAACCUACUAGCAAAAUUCAAAGUUUUUAUUAUCCAAAGCGAAUAUAUAAAGCCAUAGAACGUAAUAAAUUUUCGGCUGAACGUAAUCUGAAAUAUUUUCUAAGAUGUUUAAAUAAGCAUUAUUUUUUAGUAGAUACUACAAAAGAGGGAGCAAAAUAUAUGGAGCUAUAUGAUUUAAAAACGAUCCAGUUAGUAAAUACCUUUAAGAGGCGAAAUUUAAACAGCUCAAAAAAUAAUAUGCUAGAUAUUUCUGAUAAUUUUACAAUAUCACACAAUAACAAACUAUUAGCGUAUAAAUCUGGAAAUCAGGUAAAAUUAUACUUGACAGAAUGUGGACUUGAGAUUGCUUCUAUAAUUCUUGAGGAUGGCAAACCUUUUUAUGACUAUUUCAUGCAUUUCUUUAUCAAUGAUGAGAGAUUAUUAAUAUAUCAAUCAAAAUAUAAUUGGACAUUUUGGGAUAUUUUCGGUUCAGUACAAAUGUCAUUAAAGCUCAAAAAUCCACUUGAGCUUGACCUUAAAUUUUCAGAUAUUUUGAAUACAAAUCAUUAUCAAUUGGAACGAUCAAACUCUUUUGUAAUAGUUAUUAAAAACAAAGAAGAAAAAGAAUCCUUUGAAGAUAAGAAGGUUUAUGACGAUUUAAUCUUAGAUUAUACGCAUUUACAACGAAAAAAAUUAGAUAGCUAUUAUUAUAUAAUUGAGCCUUGGUUGGAGCUUGGGAAAGGAGCUCCACGAUAUUCAUUUUAUCUUGAUAAAGAAAAGGAAAUUCUACUUUUGAUAGGAAAUGAUACAAUUCAGGUUUGGCAUGAUCGAAAAGAUAAAAAUGAUCAAGCUAGAGAAAGAAUCCUUGAAUACAUUAGCGUGAUUGAUAAGAAAAAUGAUGUUAAAAAAAUUGAAUAUGCAAUUAAAAAAUUUAAACUUACCAUGGAUUCUCAACCCGUAAUUGAAAUUGGAGAUGAUGAUGACGUAAUAGAAGCUUGUCGCACAUUUAAAAUUUUGAAUAAACAAGUUAAUGAGGUUGAUUAUUUUUUAUCAUCCGAUGAAAAUCGCUAUUCAAAAUUUCAAAAGAUAAUAAAACAAACGCAAAAUAUUAUUGUAAGAUUUAUUCAAUUAUAUCCGACCACUUGGCGAUUAUUAGAUGUUCGCUAUGAUUUAUUGGGUAUUCUUAUUAAAGCAGAUGAAUAUCAGCUUAUAAAAUAUGUAUUAUUCAAUGAAAAAAAAGAUAUCGAUUAUUCUCAAAAACGCAUUCUUAAAACACUUGAUUAUUUAGUGUCCAAAUUAGAAAAAAAUGAACUUUCACCUGAUAUAAAGCCAGAUCGGGAUAGUAUAUUACAUGAGGAAUCACUUCAUAUGCCCCAAAAUUCUUCGUGGGAAGGUAAACAAAAUACGAUAAGUAAGGCCUAUGAAGAUCCGAUAUAUCUAGGAUAUUUAUUAGAAUAUUAUUCUAAUAAAGCAGUCAAAAAUAUUAGGUGGAUGAAUACAGUUGGUGAUAUUUUACCAUGGCUAUUUAGAAAGGAUAAUGUUCCCGAUGUUCAAAUGGUACCCUUAAUUGAUUUUGUAAAUAAUAAAUCACCGGAAGUAAAAGGAAACAAAUUCAUGAAUUUUCUAAAAUCUAUAGUUCUUCCUAAUAAAUUACUUUACGGAGUGUGCACUAUUCCUUUUAUUACUCUUCUAGAUUGUGCUGAAUAUGAUUAUAAUGAUCCUUUCUACUUUAAUCCGUCCAUGGAAGCCAUUAUAAAUUUUAUGUGGUAUUCGUCCAAAUCACCUUGGCUCAAAUCAUUAUACAUUUUUAUAAUAUACCUUUUAUCUUAUUCAAUUAUUUCUUGGAUGUAUAUUGCACACAUUCAAGUGACCGGUGAUUUUCAAAAAAUUCUGGGACAUGCAUUAUUUAUUUUUCUUGGCUAUGCAUCAUACAUUGGAUUAAGUCAAUCUUCAACAACAUACAAAGUUUUCAAUGGAAGUACUAUAGUUUAUAAUAUGACUGAAGAAAAACCAGAAGAUAUAUUUACAAACCCUUUUAAUGCUAUAAUUGCUGCAUAUAAUUGGGAUUCAAUUUUGUUAGAUGGUUGGGGAUUUUGGCCGCUUCUUAUAAUUAGCGUGAUUGGUAAUUUCAUUUUUGUCAUUAUAUUACAAAAUGUUAUUAUUUCAUUUAUGAGUGCAGCUUUUGAGAAUGCUGAUAAAAAUGGAAAACAUGUUAUUCUCGCUUUACAAAGUCGUUUAAUUUGUGAUUAUGCAAAUCUUGAAAAUUCUGUUUUAACUUCAGGAAAGAGUAAUUUAAAUUACAAGUUUAAAGAUAAUUUAAGAGUGAAGUAUAUAUGUUUUUAUAAUGAACCAUCAAUUACAAAAACAUGGAAAGAAGAAUCCAAAGAAUGUGAAUCAAGUCCAAUCUAUUCAAAUAUUGAAAGUCUAAAACAGACAGAAGAAGAUGAAAGUGAAUUUUUUAUUGAAAAAGAAAACAUUAAAUUUAUUUGGACUUCGGCAGAUAAAAAGGCAGAAGAGGCAGCAUAA